AUGGCUACGUUAUCUUGUAAGAUCGAUACAGCUCAUAGGGAUGUGAUCCAUGAUGCACAACUAAAUUUUUAUGGAAACCGAUUGGCUACUUGCUCGAGUGAUAGACUCAUCAAAGUUUUCGAGGUUAAAGCGAAUGGUCAAACAUUUCCUCUUGCUGAACUAUCAGGUCACACUGGUCCCGUGUGGCAGUUAUCGUGGGCACAUCCCAAAUUCGGAGGUGUUCUAGCUUCCGCCGGUUAUGAUAAGAGAGUUAUUGUUUGGACAGAAACCUCUGGUCGUUUUCAAAAAAUGCAUGAGUGGUCUGGGCAUGAGACUAGUGUUAAUGGUUUAAGUUUUUCUCCUUACAAGUUAGGAUUGAUUCUGGCUACUGCUUCUUCCGAUUCUUCUAUUGGAAUUUUAUCCUUUCAUCAAGCUAGCUCUCAAUGGAAUGAUUAUAGAAUAUUGAAAGCACAUGAGCAGGGAGUAAAUGCUGUUUCCUGGGCACCUGCUCUACAUUCUUCGCCGGAUAGUAGUGCUGAUCAACCAUUACCAAAGAGAUUCGUCAGUUGUGGAAACGAUAAACUUAUUAAAAUAUGGAAAGAGGAAGACGGUGAAUGGAAAUGUGAGAAAACACUCGCGGCUCAUUCAGAUUUUGUGAAAGAUGUUGCUUGGUGUCCAGUGGCUAACAACACCACACAUACUAUUGUUAGUUGUGGUCAGGAUAGAAAUUUAUAUUUAUGGCGCUGUAAUGACAUUGCCCAAGGUGAAUGGAUACCCAAACUUAUCGAAAAAGCCGAUGGAGCUUUGUGGCAUAUCAGUUGGUCUCUUUGCGGAACCAUGCUCUCAGUCAGCGGAGAAGAUAACAAAGUAAUUCUAUGGAAGGAAAACUUACAAGGACAAUGGAUGAAAAUUGAGGAAGACCAAGAAAAACGAAACCGAAACUGA